AUGUAUUUUAAUGGGCUGUUAUAUGUGCUUCGUCGUAAUGGAGGUAUUGUGGCUUGGGAUGUCAAUGACCUUCCUCUUAAUGAGGCAACACAGGUUGCCCCUCCAUUUGGGGUGUUCUUACUUAGAGCUCCCCAGCCAACUGCAUAUUGGUUUUCCAGGAAAUGGUAUUUGGUGGAAUCCUCAGGGGAUCUAUUGCAAGUUCUUCUUUGGUUCCGAGAGAUGUGGGAAAGGCGUAAUACUUUUGAUUCAGCUUCAUGUAGUGUUUGCAGGCUUGAUCAGAGUAGCAGGACUUGGGUUGAAGUCGAAAGUUUGCCUGGCCGUGUGUUGUUUUUGGGCCAUAAUUCUGCGAUUUCCUUAUCGGCUCGUGAUUUUCCUGAGUUUAGAGAGAACUCUGUCUAUUUUGGUGAAUACUUCUGGGAGGGAUGGUUGGAAGGUGAAGCUAAUGUAGGUCAUCAGAAUCUAGGUGUUUUUAACCUUGAAGAAAGGAGAUUUGUAAGAUACUCCUCUUGUGCUUUGCAAAGGAUCAAGCCACCACUUGUAUGGGUAGUACCAAAUUUUCGGUAG